GAGGCAGCAGCUAAUUUGCUUAGAUAUUUCUCAUUCACAGAUCUACAAUCAGAAUAGGAAUGUGGGAGGAACUUAAAUUAAUUCAACAAUUCCCCACAGGGUGGAGUCUGAGCAGAGGGGCCUUGAAUUACUCACCCUGAGGCCUGACCCUUUUAUAUUUCCAGGGACUCUUGAAGGGUUAGUUUUGUUUUCAACUGCAGGAGUUCUGUGGAACACUGAAGAGAGCAACUUAUAAUGGCAUCUCCACCUGUUGAAUUACCAGCUGACACAGUACAACGAGUUGCAUCUGAACUUAGGUGCCAGCCAACAGACGAGAGGGUUGCCCUGCGCCUCGAUGAGGAAGAUAAGUUGAAACACUUCAGAGAACAUUUUCAUAUUCCGAAGAUGAAAGAUCUACCUCCAAUUGAUUUAUCUUUAGUGAAUAAGGAUGAAAAUGCCAUUUAUUUCCUGGGAAAUUCUCUUGGCCUUCAACCAAAAAUGGUUAAAACAUACCUGGAAGAAGAACUGGAUAAGUGGGCCAAAAUGGGUGCCUAUGGUCAUGAAAUAGGAAAACGUCCUUGGAUUACAGGAGAUGAAACUAUUGCAGGCCUUAUGUCUGACAUUGUAGGAGCCAAUGAGAAAGAAAUAGUCCUAAUGAAUGCUUUGACUGUUAAUUUACAUCUUCUACUGUUAUCAUUUUUUAAGCCUACACCGAAGAGACAUAAAAUUCUUCUAGAAGCCAAAGCCUUCCCUUCAGAUCACUAUGCAAUUGAAUCACAGCUUCAACUUCAUGGGCUGCAAAUAGAGAAGAGUAUGCGACUUAUAAAACCAAGAGAGGGGGAAGAAAUCUUGAGACUAGAGGAUAUCCUUGAAGUUAUUGAGAAGGAAGGAGAGUCAAUCGCAGUGAUCCUGUUAAGUGGGGUUCAGUAUUAUACUGGUCAGCUGUUUAAUAUGCCUGCCAUUACAAAGGCUGGACAAGCAAAGGGUUGUUUUGUUGGCUUUGAUCUAGCACAUGCAGUUGGAAAUGUUGAACUACACUUACAUGACUGGGGAGUUGAUUUUGCCUGCUGGUGCUCCUACAAGUAUUUAAAUUCAGGAGCAGGAGGUCUUGCUGGUGCAUUUGUCCAUGAAAAACAUGCCCAUACAAUUAAGCCUGCGUUAGUGGGGUGGUUUGGCCAUGACCUCAGUACCAGAUUUAAAAUGGAUAACAAAUUGCAGCUAAUUCCUGGUGCCUGUGGAUUCCGAAUUUCAAACCCUCCCAUUUUAUUGGUCUGUUCCUUACAUGCUAGUUUAGAGAUUUUUAGUCAAGCAACUAUGAAAGCAUUGAGGAGGAAAUCUAUUCUGCUAACUGGUUACCUGGAAUACAUGCUCAAGCAUUACUAUAGCAAAGAUGAAGCAAAACCCAAUAAACCAUUUGUGCACAUAGUUACUCCAGCUCAUACGGAGGAUCGUGGCUGCCAGCUAACACUAUCAUUUUCAGUUCCCAUCAAAUACGUCUAUGAAGAACUAGAGAAACGAGGAGUGGUAUGUGACAAGCGGGAGCCAAAUGGCAUUCGGGUUGCUCCAGUUCCUCUCUACAAUUCUUUCCAUGAUGUUUACAAAUUUAUCAAUGUGCUCAGUUCUGCACUGGACUCUGCAGAAUCAAAAUAUGGCCGUAAUUUCUAGAAUAACGUGAGCAGUUAAGAUUCAAACAUGAGGUGGCUAUUUUAUUCUGCAUCUAGUUUAAUUACUGAAAGGACUUCAAAACUGAUCACACAUAUGUGACAAUUAAUUGUGUAAUUUAAUGAAAAGCUGAUAUUAUUUUUCUGAGAUGACCAAUCCUAAGGGAUCCAGAUUCCUGUCUAAUUUUCUUCUUAUUAUUAUUUUGUUUUUGGUUUUUGGUUUUUGAGCUACACCCAGUACUGUUCACCUCCUUACUCCUUGCUGUGCUUGGUGGAAAAAUGGGGUGCUAGGAAUCAGACCUGUGUUGGUUGUAGACAGGGCAAGUGCCUUAUAUCCACUGUACUAUUGCCCAUUCCUUCCUGUUUAAUGUCUUGAUUUUUGAUGGAUAAAAAUCUACUAGUUCAGGGGACUGGAGCGAUAGCACAGCGGGUAGGGUAUUUGCCUUGCAUGCGGCCGACCCAGGUUUGAUUUCCAGCAUUCCAUAUGGUCCCCCGAGCACCGCCAGUAAUUCCUGAGUGCAUGACCCAGGAGUAACCCCUGCGCAUCGCUGGGUGUGACUCAAAUAGCCAAAAAAAAAAAGUCUACUGAUUCAAGUAUUCAAGUAUUAUGUAUGCAAUGUUUGGGUUAACUACCAUAGUUCUUGAUAAAGAAAAGAUUUAUGUUAAUAUAAUUAAAAAAUUGACUGAUACUUCCUACUCUAUAUGGAAUUUUUGUCUCAAUUUUAGAAACAUUGCAUCCAGUUUACCAGUUCAUUAUAAGUAUCAAAAUUCAACAGUCUGAAUAUUUAUGAUUUUUCAACAUUUUAGAAAACUCCAAUCAUAGAAACAUUAAGUAAUUUUAGGGCAGAAAUUUUCAAGUUUAUAUUGGUUACAAUUAACACUAAGAAAUAAAUUGAAAA